CUCGGACCUCGGUGUCGUUCGCAGUCGCACGCACAGCGAGGACAAAACCUUUCCAGUCGCCGCCCUCCAGGCCCCACCCUGCUUCGCUUCGUCGUCCUCGUGCCCCCGGCGAUCCAGCCCGCCGCAGUGGACUCCUAGAUUUGACAUUUGAUCUGGCAGAAGUUAGCAAGUUUCAGCAAUGGGUUUCGAUAAUGAAUGCAUUAUGAGUAUUCAAUCCCUUCCUGGUGAAUAUUUCUGCCCUGUUUGUCGUACACUCAUAUAUCCCAAUGAAGCUUUGCAAACUCAGUGCACACAUCUCUACUGCAAACCCUGCUUAGCUUAUGUAGCGGCAACCACAAAAGCUUGCCCUUAUGAUGGCUACUUGGUGACAGAAACUGAUUCCAAGCCUCUGACAGAAUCAAAUAAAUCCCUUGCUGAGACAAUUGGCAAGGUCACAGUCCAUUGCCUGUAUAAUAAGAGUGGUUGCCAAUGGCAAGGAACGCUAUCUGCGUGUAUCACACACAGUACUGCUUGUGCAUAUGGGAACUCCCCUGUUGUUUGUAAUCGUUGUGGGACACAGAUUGUACAUCGUCAAGUGCAAGAACAUGCUCAACUCUGCCCUGGCUCACAAUCUCAAACACAUCAAGCUGAUGGUAGUCAAGCACAGCCAUCGGCUGCAACAACUCAAGCAAUCACCCAAGAUCCAUCACUUGCCCCAGCAGGCUCUGCUGCAGCUCCAGCUAUGACAUUGCCAUCUGCAGCUACAGCCACAGCUGUCACAGCUUCUGCUGCAGCAACAGGAGGGGCAACUGGUGCAAGCACAGCAACAGCACCCCCUUCCUUAGCAGCUGCAUCAGCUGCUUCUUCUCAAACUCCAACAGCUGAGCAGUGGUACCAGCAGCAACUCCAAUGCUCACAGUACUACCAGCAGCAGUACCCUGGGUACAACCCUUACAUGCAGCAAUAUCAACAGUAUGGCCAAUACCAGCAGGUGCAUCAGCAGUACACGCAACCUCAAAUGCAAGUGGCGUCCCAAAAUAUGACACAAGGUUCUGCACAGCCUACCUCAUAUGUUCAGCCUCAGGUGCAGUCCUCUCAGCCCCAACUCAUGACGCAACCCCAAAGUCAGCCCCGGCUUCCACCACCAACAGGUUAUGCACAGCCUCAGCAGCAUCCAGUGCAACCCCAACCCCAACCCCAACCCCAAAGUCAGCCCCACCUUCCCCAUCUUCAAGCACCUUCAGGUCAGUCUCAGCCUCAGCAGCCAAUUCAAUCAGCCCCACAAGUUCCCCAGCUGCAUCCACAAAGUCAAGUACCUCUUCAACUGUCUGGCCCCACAUUACAACCUGCACAAGUACAAGCUCAACCUCCACAACAGCAACAGACCGUUGCCCAGCAACAACAUGCACAUAUGCAAGCCUUACCUCCACAGCAAAAUCUUCAACCUCAGAUGCAGCUAAACUCUCAAGUCAAGCUCCAAUCUCCACAAGUGCAGCAGCAAUCUUACCCACAGCCACAGGCCUAUGCGCCGCAAUCACAGCAGCAGAUGCCACACAGCGCUUCAUUGCAACACCCUGUUUCUCAGCAUCCUGCAUCAAUGCGCCCUCCAUUGCCAGGCCAACAGCCAGCUAUGCAGACUCCACAAGGAAUUCAGCAUACAACACAACAUCAACAACAUAUUGGGUACCCCACUCAGCGGCCACAAAUGCAUUCUGUCAUCCCUUCCCAGACAUCACUGCAAGGAUUGCCUCCUCACUCAUAUGUUUCCUCACAAGGUCAGCCAUACCAGCAAGGAAUACCCUCAUCACAACAACACUUGCAUUCCCAACCUUCACAACCUCAUGGUCAGCCAUAUAUGCAGCAGCAUGUUCCUGGCUAUGGCUAUGCUGGGCAUCAUGUUCAAACUUCAGCUGGCAGACCUACGAGUCAUCUUGCGCCGCCACAGCAAUUUCUACAUCAACCUGGUGGCCCAGUUAACAGUUUUCAAGAUGCCAUAAAACAACAGCCAACAAUGCUUAGAUCUGAUAAUGUGGUAUUAGCAUCCCAGUUGCCUGCUGCUGGGCAACCUAUGGGGCAGGGUUCUGUAGCUCUGGGAACACAUGCUUCGCAACCAGGAAAGUCAGAAACUGCAAGUAAUGCUGCUGAUAGUACUGCUGUUAGCGAAAGUAAAAAUAAUGGUCCUGAAUCUGCUGUAAUGAGACCUACAAUGUUGAAGGGUUUGGGCGAUGAAAACAUAAACAGAGAACAUAAUGAUUUUGGUGGUGUUAGAAAAGAUGCAGUGCAAACUGGCGUUGCAUCACACAUCACAGAUGGUUCAAUUGGAAGGGAUGGAAUUGCUGCCUGGGCAGGCAAUUCAAAUGGUCCAGUACAGGGAGGAAAAGAGCACAAGGCUUCGGAUAAUUGUGAGAAAGGUGGAUCAUUACAGAAGGCAUCACAGAAAAAUGCAGGGGCACCAGGCUCCUUUGUGCCCCCAGGCAUGGGAUCAAAACAUCCAUCUGGACCGGAGAGAAUGCUUCCUCAGCAUCUGAUGCAUCCUGGUCCUAAGCAUGGUUUCUCUGAAAAUAUUCAGCCUCCAAUGCAGAAAUCGUAUGGUUCAUUCCAUUCUGGAUCGACAUCAAGGUUGUUUGGAGAGAAUCAAAUUCAGAUGCCAAUGUCGCAGCCUGGGGGUAUCAGACCGGGUGAUUGUGAUGGUAUGAUUCGACCACCCAUGGUUGGCCCAUUACCUGAUCAGGACAAAAUGUUCCCUCCUUUUGUCCCCGAACAUUUGAGUUGGCCACAUCCUCUUGGAACAUCGAGGAGCAAUGGCUCUGGUAGUGGUUCACUUGUAAGUGGAAGGGCUUUCCCUGACGAGGGUUUCAACACUUCAGGGGAACAUCUCAAGCCACUUCCAGCAUAUCCUGGUAGACAUAAUAAUAUUGAAGACGAUCUGAGGCAGUUUCCUGGGCCAUCCCAUCUGGAUGGUCCAGGCCUGCAGAUGGGUCCGAGACCUUUCGAGAGAGCUUUAGGUAGACCUGAUAGUUUUUCAGAUUCAUUACCAGGAAGGCCUCCAUUUCCAAACCAGAAAAGUCCAUUUCCUGUAGCCUUGCAUGAGGAUUUUUCAAGGAAGCCAAAUGCAAUGGCUAGGCACUCUGACUUUCUGCCACAUGGUGCAGAAUUUAAUCACCAUGGAGCUGAUGUAAUGCCUAAUUUCAGAAACCCAGGGAUGAGUGGUGGUCCCCGUAAAGACCAGCUUGGCUCCGGUAACCUUCCUGGGAAUGUACAGCAUGCUUUUGAUGGUCCAGAGUUCCCUCCUCAUUUCCUCCCUGGUCACAUGUAUCCAGGUGAUCCUAAUCUUUUUGCUGACUAUUCUCGUCAUGGAUUUCCAAAAGAACCAGUGCACUUUGGUUUGGGUGGACCCUUGAGAAAUGGAGAUGUUGGUUGGUGCCGCAUAUGCAUGUUUAACUGUGGAAGUGCAGAGAACCUGGAUCUGCACGUACAGACAAGGGAACAUCAACAAUUUGCAAUGGACAUUAUUCUGAAAAUGAAGCAAGAUGUCGCGAUGCAGAAAAAGAUGAAUUACAGAGGCCCCAAGUCUUUCCACAAAAAGGUUGCUGGGAAGGGCCACUUCCGUGGGAAUAGGCGUUAGAACUAUUGUUACCUAUUUCAGCGCCUGAUUAUUUUGAUGGUUGCUAGUAUGCUUAUGGAUGUUUCCAAGACAAUUGAGAAAUGAGAUCUGUUCAGAUAUCUUGUUAAAGCAGUUCAGCAUAUUUGGAACUUGUAAUGGUCGAAAACUUUUGUUGUAUGUUGGUCUGCAGAGUUCACAUGCCUUUAUGGUUUCUGUGAUUUACUGUUUUGGAUAUGUUUUUUACUUCACAUGCUUUUAUGGUUUCGAUUGUUCUACUUUGUAUGUUUAGUUGCUGAAACAUAAGAAUGCUUAACUUGUUAGUACCCUUUUAGUUUUAGUCUUCUAUAUGUGAUAGUAUGCGACUCCCAUGUCUUUCCACUAGGCUCAUACUUCGGCUGAUGGUGAUCUUUUACUAGUACACCACAGCACCGCACUGAAACUUUAGCAAAAAGACUCGUAAGUGUAUUGUAUUUUCAGGCAGCCCUAAAAUAGUACCUGUCACUGCAAACUCUUUGUAAGAUGCUAAUUGAGAAAUUGUUUCCAGUACUUACAGUACCUGAAACUUUAACUAGUUUGCAUACAUAGAUCCCAAAAAUAUAAGGCCUCCCUGUAUAUAUGAUGGUUUGCUACAUCACUGCAGCCAUACUUUCUUAAUGGCAAUUGAUAUUUUAAGGAUCAUCAUCUUUAUUGAAUUGCUUGUCACGGAACUUGUAACUUGGUCCCAGUUGCGAGAUAUAAAAUUGACAAAUCCAAGGUUUGGAUGGAAAAAAGGACAAAAUAUGUAAACAUGGCUGGCUUGGACGAGGUUUUGGAUUUUAACAGAGUUUUCAUUGGAUGUUGCUCCCGCAUUUAUUAGUGUUAAUGGGAGUCUUAGAAGUGUAGUGAAAACCCCAAACAUGAAGAGUUUUGUGUUGUGUGAUAUAGCUUGAAUGUUAGCAUAGUAAGAGACGAAUUGAUGGUGUCUAAUUGAAAGGAGGUUUUAGAACCAAAGGAUGCAUGUGUGGCAGUAUUGUGUUCACACUCUGUAAAAAUAAAAAUAAAAUAGAAGAGAGGUGGCAACUUGGUUUUCAGAUUAACAUGGUGUGCACAUCAUGCAUGCUGCACUUGUCAAUACCAAUACAAAAGCUGCAGUGUCCAUUUCUAGAUAGUUGCUUUGCUCAUCCAGAUAGUGAUGUAUGGUUCACUUGUUUCAUUGCCAUAGUAAGGUUCAUAAUAGGACAGCAUUAGAAGCCAAUUGACCUUAAAUGUUGUGGAUGAAAUAUGGCUUCUUCAGUUAUAUUUGAUGUGGUUAUUAGCAUACGAUUCAUUUUGCUGGUGGUAGCCUUUUCUGGAUGUAUUUCUCCAACAGUGACCAUUAAAUCAUCUGUAUCUUUUGUUGUUUGUUUGCUAAGCAGAAACUGAAAAGUGUAGGAUAAUUUCCUGCCGGGAGUUGGACUGCCAUUCUUGCUUGCUUUCCUAACGACGGUAAGGAUUACAUGCUUUACUAAUGUUGGUAAGGAAAGAUAUGUAUUGAGGUUUCAUUACAAUGCGCACUACUUUUUUUGACAAACAUUUUCCCAUAUAGUUCAGGGCUGAAGUGUAUGUUAUUGUUUUUGUCAAUUGCUUGUACACUAAUCAUUGCAUUUUAUGUAUUUGUGUGGAUCAACAGGAAUUGCUAUGCCACUAGGAUUCUUAGGACAUAAGAUUUUGUUUAUCUUUAGAUAUAUCUUCUGUGCACAUUUGGUCCGUGUAAUCCGUAGUGUCUCUAGAACUUGCUCAAACCAAUUUCAUGCCAAGGUCAAUUGGUUGUGCUGUGUCCAGGUCUAACAUUUGAUCAUUUUUCUGCGUUUAGUUGGUUUGGCUGAUAGUAGUACCCAAAGAAAAAUUCUUGUUCCCAAAAAAAGUCGCUUGGUGAUUACACAAAAGAUAUUUCUCCCAGACACAAGUUGCUCAGACUAAACUUGGGCAUAUUUUCUUCACCUUGGAUUUGAUUCGAAUUACUCAACUAGGCUCAAUGUCCGCAUAUGUGCGGCUUCUUUGACCUACUGUACUAUGGUUAUUUAUUAAUAGAACUUGAGGGCGUAUAAUCCAUAUCACCUAGAUACAAGGGUUUCUGCGUCACAUUUUUGCCUAUAUGGAGAAGAGAGAUGGUACCUCCUAGUUACUAGAUAGUCUACUCAUUUAAUGCAAUAAUAUUGAAAUGUAUUGGGACCCAUUUAAUGCAAUAAUAUUGAGAUCUAUUGCAUGUGGGACUGCAUUAAUGUUUGUAGACUCUGUCAUAGUUAGAUUAGUGUGAAAGCUGUGUAUAGUAUCAUCUUUGUUAACAUGUAUGAAUCUUAUAGGUGGCAGCUAUCCGUACAGUUAGGGCCUGUUUGGUUUCACAUGCUUAUGCAUAAGCAACUUAAAAUAAGCAAAUAAGUUGCUUAUGAAACCAAUCACUCUUGCUUAUGGGGUUGCUUAUUAUAAGCAAAUAAGCAACUCUUGGGUUGCUUAUGGUUGCUUAUGGGGACUAAAAGAUGCACUUUACACCUCUUGCCCUCAUUGAAUGCCUGGUUGCCCUCCCUCUCUCUCUCAAUGAUUAGGGGCAAACAUGACAAUAUCCACCUCAUUCAAUGCUUAUAAGCAAGGGUAUCCAAACAGCUAAACUAAAAAUAAGCAACUCCAAAUAAGCAACUUUAAGUUGCUUAUAAUAAGCAACUCAAACCAAACAGGCCCUUAGAGAUGCUCAAAACUUGAGUGUAGAUUUAUUUGGUAAUUAAUAAGAUGAUUUUUUUAGUUAAGAACAACUGAAUAGCGGGUACUGUACUACACUUAAUUUGUAGCCCAUGUGUUGGUUUGGAUGUCGUCAAGCAUCCGGGGGGGGGGGGGGGGGGUUCUACCUUUUCCCUCUGCGCACGGUUUGGUUUGGCGCUAUUGAAUUGGCUAGAGAUCUAGGCCGUGUUUGGAACCAUGUCCCGCAGCUGCGUGUCACCAGGAAGUGAGUUGUGGCUCCGACCCCACUUCUUGCGUACGCAGUUGAAAAUCCCGUGUUUUGCGUCUGCCGUGGUUCGCUGAUGUGCGCUUGCCGUGGACCGUUCGGCGGGAUUAUUCCGCGUUUCCCCACCAGACACGCCACCAACGCGGUUCCAAACGAGGCCCUAGGCAUCUAGCAAACAAAUCAAAAAUAUAAUGUUGUUUAGAUACAAAUCAUUGGGCAAGAUUAAGUGAACAUUUUAUUGAUUCUGAUGAGAUACAAGGUUGGUGGCAGCCAUGAUAAGUUAGCAAUUGCCAUGCCAGACUCUUCUGGAUCCACCAUCGGAUUGAUAAUUUUGGAUUCACCAAUUGUGGGUUAACAAUGGUUUGGUAUACUGGAUGGUGGGUGAAAAUCAGAAUCUUGCUGUAUCAGGUCUCUUGUGGUUUCCACCCAGUUUCGGACCCAGAAAAUGGUCAGUUAUCUACUUUUAGCUUGAACUUUGAAACUUUGUGCAGAUUUGAUUUGUAGGUAUAAAGUAGAGCUAAAUACAAGCAUUUUUGUAGUAGAUAUUCUAAAUGGGGGUUUAGUGGCAUGAAGUGGGAGGGUACUGGUUACAUAUCACCCCACUGGUUUGGUCAAAACUGAUGUUAUCACGGUCACGGAUUUUCUCAAACCCAGUGUUCACCGCUCCCAUGGGUUCUAGAUUGAAACUGUAGAAUGGCUGGCGCUUGUGACAUUCAUUGCUCUGAAGUGAACCUUACCUCGAGUGCCAAGACUUGAAGCACAUGUUACAGCUUGCUAGGAUUGAAUCAGUAUAAAUUGGGUUACUGGUACAAUAAUAAUUUUUAGGAUGGUUACAUUGUUGUGCACUGAAUUCAAUGUGCUAACAGUUAGAGACUCAUGGUCUUGCUGCAGUGCGAUCUUGGCAUAAUAUAUGAAAGGUUUAUGUUUGUUCUGCAUCUAUUUUGUUUUGUGUUACUUCUUUGGGAUUCUUGUAGCAGCUCAACUGAAGAUGGUUGUGCUCACUGCAUUCGAUCAUUGCUGAACUGACGGCACUUCAUAUCUGCGGCCUGUCGCUGGGGCCUGGACGUGCAAUACCUAUUCCUUAGUGGUGUACGCCUACUAACUAAUGUAGCUACCGAUGUAAUGAAAUUCUUGCAAUGUAUUCUUAAGAUCUUCGAUAACAAUGUAAUGUAGGGUGCAAGUUUAUGUUACUUUCAGUGGUGCUUACAAAUUAAUGUAUGCACCGAUGUAAAUAGAUUCUUUUACUGUCUUCUAUAGAGAAGUUUGUGGUUUGACUGUUUGUCUGUA